UCCCCGGCUUCGCUCUCAGUCCGGUUUUCGUCGACGCAGCGGAAUGGUGUCGUAGGGCGUACGCGACUUUUGGCGUAGUUUUAGCUAUGCAGCGAUCGGCUCCGUUUGUAUCGUACCCACUCGAAGUGAUGUCUCUCUAAAGUGUCGGCGUGUUUACACGUCUCCCGAUAACCACCACCACCACAAGCUCAUCAAACAUGGGUGUUCCCAAGAGAAUCGUGAUCACGGCAGUUCGAGACCGUUCAACUUCUUCGGAGAAAGCUACCAUCAUCGCACCUCGAGAUUGGCACAUCAAGUCCGAGAUGGAAGUCAGCGUCGCAGAGCCCGUCGUCACCGCUGCUGCGCCGGUGAGGAAAAGGCAGCGGCUGGACCAUUUGACGCGGGAGGAAAAGAUCAUGAGAAGGAAACUGAAGAACCGUGUGGCAGCACAGAGUGCCCGAGACCGGAAAAAAGCAAGGAUGGAUGAACUCGAGGAGCAGGUCACUCGGCUGCAGGCAGACAGGACGGCCCUAGUUGAAGAGAACCGCCUUCUACGCAAACGGCUGGAGGAAUGCCAGAGGGAGAACCAGCGACUAGUUCAGAGGCUCGAGGCCAAGCCCAGCACACAAUCACCCAGCCCCAUUUCCACAGUCACUACUACCACCACCACUACCACUUCAUCCCUACCUGCACCAGUCGUCAAAGUCGAGCCGUGUUUGCCUCCAGAGACCAGAGCUAGCAGCAGUUCCGUUGAGUAUGCAUCACUCAUCAGUGGACCUCUGCAGCAGGACCAGGUUCCGCUGCGAGCUCUUGCUCUCUGGAUGAUGCAAUUCGGCUUCUGGCAGCUGAUGACGAGUGUGACGACCUCUUCGCCCUGCUCCAAGAGUGCAGCCAAAACCUCCUCGGAGGCAUGCCCCUCACCGAGGACGUCGCUCCUCUGCCUGUGCCUGCUGCUGCUCCUGCUCCAACGGCAGCAGCAACAGCGAAGCCCGGGCAGUCGUCUGGUCGAAAACGGAGCGCCUCCUCACGUAUGGUGGGGGCCUCACCAGAAGAGCUGGACUCCAUCAAAGAAUUGAUCCACUUCGACCACGUCUACUACAAACAGGAAGAUGGCAGCAGCAGCGCAGGCACAGCUGAUGUCGUCAUGGAAGAUGCCUCAACAACUGUAGCAGCAGCAGUGACAGCGUUGGCUGCCCCUUCCCCUGCCACUCUGGUCUUGACGUCGGCUCCAGUGUCCCCCGCGUCGGUCAUCGAGGUUGAGGACACCGUGGUUGUCAUCGACGACUGCCCUUCCCCGCUUCCCGGAAGCCCAGAUUCGGCCCCCUUCGAUCUGAAUUCGGUUUGUGCCGAGAGCGGUGACGCGCAGGGGUCUGUCCAUCCACCGCAGGAGGCUCUGUCAUUGCCGCCGUCAUUAAAGAUGGCUGCCAGUCCGUCGGCACACAGUACGGAGACCGGCUACGAGUCUGCAUUGUCCCCGCUGAGUGACUGCAGCUUCCGGGAGGACAGCCUCUUCGACGAUUCUCCUCCUUGGGUGGACCCCCUGUCGGAACUGUUCCCGGCAUUGGUGUGAAAAAAACAAAACAAAAAUGGACUAACGUGAAAAAAGACUGCAUGUGCAUGGGAAAACGGACAGUGAAAGUGUCAUUUGCCUUUUCUGUUGCUAUCUACUGCACGCUUUUAUUUAUGGACUUUCCGUGGAAAGCAAAAAGCUGUACAUAAUGUAACAUAUUGCAAACAAAGUUUUUGUUGCUGGCAGUGGUGCUGUUACUGCUGCUACUCUUUUGUUGAUCUUCUUGUAUGAUAAUUAAAGCUGGCUUGCGUAAACCUGUUUAUAAA